GCAUGGUGUGAAAGCCAGCCGGUUCUCACCGUCUCGCACUUUCUCUUUACUCCCCCGUCUGACCACCCUUCGUUCCUUCCUCUGCCCUCCGAAUCCUCUUUGGUCUCCGCGAUGACCGGUAUUACUUUUCUGGUAGCUAGCUUCUGGAAAUGACGCCAUAAGUCGACAGCUAUAGCCAGUGGAGAUAAAACUAUAUAUAUAUAGAAAGAAAGACGGGAAGUGAAGAAAGAUGAUGCUGGAGUAUGAAUGGGGGAAUCCUGCGGCGGCGGCGGCGGCGGCGAUGCUGUUGUUCGGGGACCAGGAGACCGGGCAGGACACGGGGCAGGACCGAGAGGUACUGUUCGACAACUACGGCAGCCACGGUGGCCUCGGCGGCGUCGACUUCUUCCCAAACCCGCAGCCUCUGACGGCGGCGGCGCUCUUCUCGCCAUCCUCAUCGUCGUCCUCCUCCUGCCACCAGAGGUAUGGACUGGCGCUGCCGCCGGCGCCGGCGAGGAUCGGGCUGAACCUGGGCGUGCGGACCUACUUCUCCUCCACCUCGCCGGAGGAUCAAAUGGUCGUCGGCCGGGUGUGCCGGAGAAGGACUCGCACCGCCCGGUGCCAGGCGGAGGGGUGCGGCGCCGACCUCACCCACGCCAAGCACUACCACCGCCGCCACAAGGUCUGCGAGUUCCACUCCAAGGCCUCCAUCGUCAUCACCGCCGGUCUCUCCCAGCGCUUCUGUCAGCAGUGCAGCAGGUUCCAUGUACUCGCGGAGUUCGAUCAAGGGAAGCGGAGCUGCAGGAAGCGGCUGGCGGAUCACAACCGUCGAAGGAGGAAAUCUCAGGACCUUACAACGGCCACCAACAUUACCGCCACCCAGACCAAUAACGGCGCCACCAAUAAUAAUAGCGGCGUGACCAACAACUCGGUGGCCAAUCCAGAGAGAAUACUCUUCACUACCAGCAGCAGCACCACCACCAACAACAAUAAUAAUAUUAACAACUGCUCUCCUACCGGUCCGUUGGGGUUCACUACCUGCAAGCCGGAGACUGAGUCUUCGGUGACUCCGGUGUCGUCUCCUCCGCCACCUCUACCGCUGCCACUGCCCGCACCUGCCACAGCGCCAAGGAUGGCGCUGGGGCUGGGCUGUGGCGGUGGAGGCCUUGUGACAGUCCCAGCGGCAGCGACAGGGCUGUCGGCCUCGUCGUCAGCGGGCACUUCGCCGCCGAGCGUCUCAUUCCUGUCUCACCUUGUGGAGUUUGGUGGGCAUGAGAACCGUUACCCCAGCUGGGACGAGGCGGGGGAUGGCCGCAGCAUUAGAGGUCUUUAUCAGAGCGCCUAGGAGAAGUAGGAGUAGUGGUAGUCUGUGUUUCUUGGUUGCUUUAUCGCUGUCUUUUUGAGUUUCUUCCUUCUUAAUAAGAGCUAUCUUAGUUUUGAAAACA